AUGAAGGUAGACUACGCCAGAUACCCGCCGCCGGAGAAGAGUCUCUCCGGCUCAAACGCCGAGGAACGGGCAGCCAUCACCCAAUGGCAGUCAUACACACAAACGCAUGUUGUUCCUGCCGCAUACAAGAACGAUGAUGCAACCACAAGCACUGUACUGAAACAUGUGGAGACCGCGCUGACGGAGUCUGCAUUCAUUGCCACACCCGAAGUUUCUGUAGCUGAUGUCGUUCUUGGGGCUGCCUUGGCACCUUUCUCCACUAAGUUUGAGAGCAAAACCAAAGCUUGGUUCCUCAACCUUACACGGUGUUCGAAGGGUGCGAUCCAGCCAGUUAGUGCAGCAGCCAAGGAUAAAGGUAUCGCCAAAAGUGGAAAGGCCGAAAAAGAUGCCAAGAAGGCAGAGAAAAAGAAAGAGAAACCUCCCGCUGAGCCCGAGAAAGAUCCACUGUCUUUAGUGGAUGUGCGCGUGGGUCACAUUACCGAAUGCAAAGCUCACCCAGAUGCCGACUCGCUCUAUGUGGAAACCAUGGAGUUGGGUGAAGAGGCCCCCAGAACUAUCAUUAGCGGUCUUGUUAAGUUCCAAUCACUCGAGCAGAUGAUUGGCCGUAAGGUGCUUGUCGUGUGUAAUAUGAAGCCGGUGAAGAUGCGAGGUAUCAGCUCUGAGGGUAUGGUGCUUUGCGCUUCCAAUGAAGAUCACUCUGUCGUUGAGCCGCUGACAGUCCCAGACGGCUGCAAACCCGGAGACUUAGUAUCAUUCGAAGGCUAUGAGCGUUGUCCUGUACCGCAAAUGCCACCGAAGAAGAAGAUCUUCGAAGCAGUCCAACCCAAACUCCACGUGAUAGAUGGAAAGGCCCUGUACGCCAAGAAGGUUGCCAUGACUACCGAGCACGGUCCUAUCACAUGCGAAAAGAUUCCCAAUGCUACAAUUUCUUAAUGAUCACUAGAGCGGAUUCCGUACAUAGCUUGGUCUUGUUAGCAUACUGUCUGUGGUUGUCAAGAUGAGAAUAAAGAAUAGAUGACAC